AUGCCAUUCAUCCCACACACACCGGAAUCCCUCAUUCAACGAUCCGACAGCAAGGACCCGGGGACAACAUGCAAAGGCAUCACCUCUGCUGGUAGACCCUGCAGACGUCCCCUUGGGGGCUCUCCUCAGUCGUCGCCAACGGGUCAUCGAAAGUCAAAGAGUGGAGUAAUAGCUGUGCUGCAGCCGAGCGAUGAGGACCACGAAGGCGCUGCAGCAUAUUUCUGUUUUCAACAUAAAGACCAAGCAGAGACCCUCGCAGGCGGCAACCAAGACGGCAGGAAAGCAAACAUAGUGCCGGUGCAUCAACGCACGAGCAUCGAUACCUUGGUGGACCGGACAGGAGUGCUGGACAUUGCAGACGAUGAAACACCAUCAAAAAGCCGACGUCAGAGAGGCCAUGCUAGACCUGCGAGGAAAGAUACACUGCCGAAGAAGUGGCAAGAUGUAGACGGCCCUUUGAUUGCAAUUUCGGGAGAGAAGCAGCAACCCGUCGGGAGAGGCACACAAAGGCACCGAGCAAGAGGACAGUCAACCUUCUCGUUUUCUAUGUUCUGCUGCGUCAGCUCUGCAGACCGCGAUUACACGCCUCCUCCGCGCGUCCAACGUAACUCUGAGAAGCCUGAGUAUGCUCAUGCAAGCGCCAAAGUGCCUUCGUCUAUGCAGCAGGUCGAAAGACCACCGUACUCCAGACCCAUAAACUCGCGUUUACCCGUUGGGCAGGCAUCGGGUAGUCCAAGCUCGUCACGUGUAGCCCGAGGGAGAAUUCCUACCGUGAAUACCAGACCGCCUGCUCAACAGCAUCGCUCGUCUCACACCCAAGAUCUUCUUUCACUGAUACCCACAACGCUAUCGCCGCAAACGACGUCUCUUCUACUCGCUGAGCUAGCGAAGCCAGUGUCACCACAUGAUGAAGAAGGCUAUAUCUACAUGUUCUGGCUUACCGAUAAUGCCCUCAGCGCCUCUGACUCGCAAGCUGCUUCCUCACUACUCUCUGAGGGCGCAGCAAGCACUCCCAAUGGACGUCGCCACAGUGAUGUCCUGGGCUCAAAGCUCAAACAACAGAAACGCGUCUUCCAAGCCAAAGACAAUGCUCUUGAAAAUCGGUCGAGCUUCCAACGUCCAACGUCGUAUGAACGAAUGGAAUCGGCAAUGCGGUUACAACCUCUCCCUCAUCCGCUUUUACCCUUACCUUCCCAGCUCCCCGUUACCCUCUAG